AUGGCCCAUCAAUUCGUUGCCGUGUCGAGCUUGUCUUCUAUCGGGCCUAGCGACCGCGAGCAGGCAGGACAGGCAAUGUUGCAUAGGUCUAUGGCUCUGACAACAAAGGUCUUCGCAAAAUUAUUACCUUACUAUUUCAUGCAUCAGCUUGCGAGGGACCAUAUUGAGGAGCAAAGUGAGUCUAUUCGGCAGCUUAGAUGA